UAAAACAUGAUAAUUUGUUGUAAAAUAGCUAAAACAGCCAAACUUUUCAGUAAAACAGCUGAAAUGUAGCUGUAAAUUGUUUAGUUAGCAUCAGGAAACAUGAGGAGAACAGGUUCACUGAACUCAGCUGAAAUAAGUUUUAACAACUACAAAAAUGUCUAUUUAGCUUAAAACGGCUAACUGUAUGUAAAAACAGCUGAAUGUAGCAGAAACAGCAAAAAAGCUGGAAAAAGCAGAAUGGCACAAAUAGCAUGCAAAAGCUAAAAUUAGCAUGAAAAGCUAAAAAUAACAUAAAAUAAGUUAAAAAGAGCAGAAGCAGAACAGAUUUAGUGGAUUUUAUAAUGUGUGGACCUUACCGUCCAGACUUCACUUUAUUGAUUUAUUGAUUUAUUUUCACGGUGCUGUUUAAAGCUAAGUGCUCGUGUAACCGAAAGCCGGAUUCGUCGCUGCUUACGUCACAGCGCCGCGACGAAGGACGUAGAGGACUCCUCCGACACGUCCUUCCUUUGGCCCGGUUUGAAGGACAGGUCCGGUGGGUCGGGGGUCCGGGCCAAGAUGGCGGCGUGAGCGCCUGUUGGGUCACUAUGUGAAACUGUCCUUCAUGUGGUUCUGCAGGGAACCUGUAAUACUCGCAUGCGCCUAUGACUGAUAAUUUAUGCAAAUGAUAUGCAUGACGUCAUGAACGACGGACCCCAUUCUUGUUUGAUUCUGGUUCUGCCCAAAGAACGAUCCUAUGACGUCACUAUGACGACACAGCUGUGUUUGCAUUGAGCUGGAGCUUUUCUCAUUGUGAGUUUACUGAGUGCAGCAGAGGUUAGCAGGAUGAGCUCUACAGACAGCGCUGAAAGCUCUACAGACAGCGCUGAAAGCUCUACAGACAGCGCUGAAAGCUCUACAGACAGUGCUGAAAGCUCUACAGACAGUGCGCUGAGUGAAAGCUCUACAGACAUGAUGAGUGAAAGCUCUACAGACAGUGCGCUGAGUGAAAGCUCUACAGACAGUGCGCUGAGUGAAAGCUCUACAGACAGUGCGCUGAGUGAAAGCUCUACAGACAGUGCGCUGAGUGAAAGCUCUACAGACAGUGCGCUGAGUGAAAGCUCUACAGACAGUGCACUGAGUGAAAGCUCUACAGACAGUGCGCUGAGUGAAAGCUCUACAGACAGUGCACUGAGUGAAAGCUCUACAGACAGUGCGCUGAGUGAAAGCUCUACAGAGCAGAGUGCAAGCUCUACAGAGCAGAGUGCAAGCUCUACAGAGCAGAGUGCAAGCUCUACAGACAGGAUGAGUGCAGAUGACACAGCGCUGGACAUCUUAAAGGAUUUAAACAAACUCUGGAAGAAAGUGGAAUCAGUUCAAGACAGAAGAGCAGUUUUUGACGAACAACACCUGAACUGUCUAUCAAGUGUCAAGAGCCUGAUGAGGGAAGGUGGAAAACUCAUUAAGCCAACAGAAAAAUUAUUUUCUCAGUUCAACAAAGUGCAGAAAAAGAUACAAAGACAUGAAAAGGGCGAGUUAUCAAAAAAAAUUGACAUUAAAACUUUAAAGAAGAAGAAAGAGACGCUGGUGAAACAGUUGGCUAAAAUAAAAAAGAAGAUUAUGACGAUAAAUCCAGAACUUGCCGGUGAAUUCACCAAACUGGUAGCGGUCGACAGAAGAGGCUUCAGUGAGGAAGAACUGGGUAUUUAUGACGACAUAUGUAAUCAUCUGCGUACUUACAUGGACAUCGACAAAAAAUAUGUAGAUUUUGUUACUGGUGACAUUUAUAACGAUUUGUCUAAAGACAAAAAAAGGAUUUUAAAAAGAGCUGUGAAUCUGGCAGAAAGAUGGCUAAUUUAUUUACAGAAGUUAAAAAAUUUUUAUGACGUGAAUAUGAGCGGAGAGCAUGCACCUGAAAUGACAGUAGAAGAAUACCUGAGAAGACAAGAAGAACGUGACCACUACAGACGUGAGCUCUACAAGUGACCAUGUGACCAGUCCUUCCUCAUCAACAUGAACUGGGAUUGACGUAGUAACCUACAGACAUGUGGCCUACAGACAUGUGACCUACAGACAUGUGACCAGUCCUUCCUCAUCAACAUGAACUGGGUUUGACGUAGCAACCUACAGACAUGUGGCCUACAGACAUGUGACCUACAGACGUGACCUACAGACAUGUGACCUACAGACAUGUGACCAGUCCUUCCUCAUCAACAUGAACUGGGUUUGACGUAGCAACCUACAGACAUGUGGCCUACAGACAUGUGACCUACACACGUGACCUACAGACAUGUGACCUACAGACAUGUGAGGGAGAGAGAGAGAGGGA